AUGGAUGAAAAUGAGAAAAAAGCCCGGGAGUAUCUAGCUAGCGCGGCAAAGCAGCCAAGGGGAGGGUUCUUGCGUUCGCUUUUUUCAGGUCACUCUGAUGCUACUGAAGAAAGAGUUUCCCUCUACGAGCGCGCUGCAAACUGUUUCAAGAUGUCUCACAAGUGGCAGGAGGCUGGGGAUGCAUUUGUUAAGGCCGCAGAGCUGUCUGCUAGUAACAAAUCCCAGCUGGAUGCUGCCACGCAAUACGUCAGUGCAGCCGUUGCCUAUCGCAAGACGGACCCGAAUCGCGCGAUCACCUGUUUGACUCGUGCUGCCGACAUCUACAUCGAAAUGGGUCGCUUCACGAUUGCCGCUAAGCACCACAUGACAAUGGCUGAGAUCUAUGAGCAGGAACUGGCGAACGAGGCUGAAGCCUGUAAGCAUUAUGAACGAGCUGCCGACUUUUACAGGGGCGAAGAGUCGACCAGUUCUGCCAGAAAGUGUAUGCUAAAGGUAGCACAUUAUUAUGCAACCUCCGGUCAAUUUGAAAAAAUCGGUGUUUCGUCAAUGGAUAAUAAGUUGCUGCGUUAUGGAACUCGGGAGCACCUCAUGAAGGCUGUGGUCUGCGACAUGAACUAUGAUAUCGUGAAGGGUCACAGCACUCUGCAGAAAUAUGAACAAAAUUAUCCUACGUUUGCUGAUUCGCGUGAAUGUGCCUUUCUCAAGAAACUCGAUGAAGCACUGAGUUCCGAAGAUCUGGAGAAGUACUCUGCUGCCGUAAGGGAAUACGACAGCGUCACGCGGCUGGAACCAUGGAUGACCGAAAUGUUGUUGAAACUUAAGAAAACCCUAACUAACGAAGAAGACAUCACGUAG